GGAACUUGAGUGCCCAUACAGCCCUCCUCUCCGUCUCUCCUCCUGCUCGCUCCACGCUCCCCCCCGUAGCUCUGCGCCACCACCGGAGCUUCCGCCGGAUCGCUCGCCGACAGAGGAGCGCCAUGGCCCGCGUGGUGGUUGAAGGGAUGCCGGAGACGGCCGCCGGAGGAGAAGUAGUGAUGCUGCUGAGGAGCAAAGGCAGGCGGAGAAAGCGAAAGGAGUUGUUCGCCAUCCAGAUGUGCUUUGCGGGGGUACUGCUCGGGCUCGUCGUGGGGCUCAAGUCCGUGGCACAGAAAGCAGGACUUCAUGUUUCCAGUUCCGUGGGUGAGGAGGCAGGGAGGUGGGAGAGUCGUCACCUCCUUCAAGAAGUCUACGAAAACGAGUCAAAGCUCUACCCUGAACCUGCAAAGAACUGCACAGAACCAGCGAUCCAUGAGUUCCCCAGGGAUUACUUCACCAACCAGGAGCGUGUUGAUGGAGCACUAGGCCUACAUGUCCUAUGUGCGGUCUACAUGUUCUACGCCCUGGCCUUGGUGUGUGACGACUACUUCGUCCCGUCCCUUGAGAAGUUAUGUGAUCGUCUUCAGCUGAGCGAGGAUGUUGCAGGAGCCACAUUUAUGGCAGCAGGCAGCUCGGCUCCUGAACUAUUCACCUCUGUUAUUGGUGUUUUCAUCACUAAGGGGGACGUCGGGGUCGGUACCAUAGUGGGCUCAGCCGUCUUCAACAUCCUCUGCAUUAUCGGGGUGUGUGGGAUAUUUGCUGUACAGACGAUACGUCUCUCCUGCUGGCCUCUGCUCAGAGACUCGACGUAUUACACCCUGUCUAUCUCUGCUCUUUUAGUGUUUAUACAUGAUGAAAAAGUGGUUUGGUGGGAAGCUCUCACGUUGAUUCUGAUGUAUUUUGUCUACAUUUUGAUCAUGAAGAUGAAUUCCCAUGUUGUUCGUUUUCUGGAGAGGCGGAAGAAGAACUCAUCCAAGUUAAGGAACGGAGCGGCCAAUAACGCCGAGCUGGACGACGGCUGUGAUGCGACCGCCGUUCUACUGAAGAAAGCAAACCAGCACAGGAAGCCGUCGGUGCUGAUGGUGGACGAGCUGCUCUUGGCGUACCCUCACCAGCUGUCCUUCUUCGAGGCCGGCAUGAGAAUCAUGAUCACCAGCCACUUCUCCCCGAGAACUCGGCUCACCAUGGCGUCACGCAUGCUCAUCACUGAGAGGCAGCGUCUGAUCAACACACGGACCAUGACCAACGGGGACUCCGAUAUUCCAGUGAAGGGAGGGGCCAGACGGGGCAUAGAGAACGGGCUGUCCGGGGCUGAGAGGGGCGUCAGUGGUUGCCAUGACGACCGAGAGGUGGGCAACGAGACGGAGAACGAGGACAACGAGAACAACGAGAACGAUGAUGAGGAAGAAGAGGAGGAUGGAGAGGGCCCCCUAGUGCCAUUCAAAUGCCCAGCCGGUGUGUGUAACAAGCUGAAGUGGCUGCUGGCCUGGCCUCUGUGCCUGCUGCUGUACUUCACCGUUCCCAACUGCUCCACGCCUCGCUGGGACAACUACUUCAUGCUGUCCUUCCUCUGCUCCACCCUGUGGAUCGCCGGGUUCUCCUACAUCAUGGUCUGGAUGGUCACAGUGAUCGGCUUCACACUGGGUAUCCCUGAUGUCAUCAUGGGCAUCACCUUCCUGGCAGCCGGCACCAGCGUCCCUGAUUGCAUGGCCAGCCUCAUAGUGGCACGACAAGGAAUGGGAGACAUGGCGGUGUCCAACUCCAUCGGCAGUAACGUGUUUGACAUCCUGGUGGGGCUGGGCCUCCCCUGGGCCCUGCAGACCCUCGCCAUUAACUACGGCUCCGACAUCAAAUUAAACAGCAAAGGAUUGAUCUUCUCUGUGGGGCUCCUGCUGGCGUCUGUGUUUAUCACUGUCCUGGGAGUUCACUUAAACAAGUGGACGUUGGACAAGCGCCUGGGUUUCAUGUGUCUCUUCCUCUACUCCAUCUUCCUGUGUUUCUCCUGCCUCAUCGAGUACAACAUCUUCACCUUUGUCAACCUGCCAACCUGCCGGGACGACUGAGACACACACACACACACACACAGACACACACAUACAAACAAACACGCACACACAAACUUCUACACACACCCACCCUGGAUGUGGUGUUUCCAAGUGAAGUUUUUGAACGACGGCGGUGUCCGACAAAAGAAUGAGAAGUUUAAUUUAAUAGUAUAUGUUUGAGAGUGCGGGAGCAAAGAUCGAAACUCGUUACAAGACCCCACAAAGGACAGCACUGAGGACAACAGCCCCAACAACAACAACAACAACAACUAGAAAACUGUCCGACUACUGCCCGCUUCUGACGUGAGAACCUUUAUUUUGAAAAUCCCUGUAUUUAGGUGUAAAAUUAGUCCAUUUUGAGUAGCUGCUAACCUUUUCUUGAGAGGAAAAAGGUGGAUCUUUUAGUUACACCAGUGCAGAGUAAUAAUAAUUAUAAAAGCAAUGAUAUAAACGGGUGGGAGGGUGUAGGUAAAUAAUAUUGUUUAACAGUCUUCAGGCUGGAUUUGUUAUGCAGAUAAGCACAUUUAGAUUUCUAUUAUGUGACCACAAUCAAGUCUGUUGAACAUUUUAAGACAUAGAAGUACAGAUCUUGGGGAGGGGGAUAAUACCUGAAACACAAACAACCAGAGAGCCAGGGCAUUAUUAUUAUACCUUCAUUAACUUUAAUAGAAUCACAGCUGUAGCUUCUGUUUUCUAUUGGAAUUUAAUAAGCUUUAUGGGGAGUUGUUUUUUUUUCCUUUUCAUUCUGUAAAUAGCACACCUCACCUCUGUAAAUACCCCCAGAUGUCAUAUUCAUUAUUUAUUCAUGUCAUACACACACACACACACACAGAGAGAGACACAGACUAUCCUCUGGAGGUCAGGCAGGUUUUUAUUUAUGGUCUUUUUCUGAAAAACAAAAGACCAAAGAUAUUUUCAGAAGACCAUUCGUGUAGAAAAAACAAGCACAAUUUUCUCUGAAGUAUUGUUGAUUUAAUUUAUUCACUUUUGUGUGUGUGCGUGCGUGUGUGUGGUGUGUGUGCGUGUGUGUGUGUGGAAUUCAAACUGGCACUGUAAACCGACACUGUAAGUGUUUUUUCUCCUCCUGAUGCAUGCUGAUUAUAAGGAUGGCAUCCUUGUAAAAUGAAGCAGGUUUUUGUAUGAAUUGUCAUGUGGAGGUUGUUGGGAAGUUGUGUGGAGAGUUUCAAAGCCUGUGCUGCCACCUAAGGACAGAAAAUAAUGCUUUUUCUCUGACGAAAUAGACUCAAACACUGCGUUUGGUUGAGGUAUUCCCCCUGUGGUGGAUGGAAGUCCUUCUUCACUUCUCUGUGGUCCCAAAAAAGAAGUGGGGUGUCAUAAUAAAGUGGUAGUGUCAUAUAGGAGUAGAGUAAAUAUAUAGAGCAUCAGGGCUUUUUCUCCCAGCUCUAAUACUUUAAGGUUGGGGUUUUAACUUUAUUUUUAUUCAGGAGUUCUUUGUAUUUUGUAAUGCCUAAUGUCUAGAUUUGUCCAGAUAUGGUAGGUAGGUUUGUGGUAAAUUGAGAUAAAUAUUUAUACUACUUUUUAGAGCAUGUGCAAUGUGUCCGUGGAACCCUAUGGGGGAUUUUUUUUAUUUCAAUAAAGGAGUCAAAGGCACACCAGCGAAGUUACGCUCAAAGACUUCUCCCUGAGCCUGUCGAUCCUCACAAAUAUCCAUCAAAAUGUUUUCUCCACAUUUUAAAUUUAUAGCACUCGACUAAUUUUUUAUUUUUUUUUGUGAUUUAAGACAAUUGCGAAAACACACGACUAAGUCCGAUUUGUUUCAGGGAUGUUUUUAUUUAUUUAUUUUUAUCAGUAAUAUCAAAUAUCAAAAAUCUGAGAAAUAUCUGUACAAAUAAUUAAUGUUUUUUUU